GCGCUGGUUACCGUGCAGCGUUCGCCGACCCCCAGCACCAGCUCCAGCCCUUGCGUUUCGGAGUCCGGUAGCGGGGAGGAUGACCGCCGCUCUCAGCCGAGGAGUACCCUGGCAGUGCGGAGUGACCCCCUUCCUCCACACCACUACGGCGACUAUCGAUAACUACAGACCGCUUCUGUGCGCCCAGCCCCCGCCAUCAGAGCAGCGAUGCCUCCCGGUGUUGUGACCGAGCCACGGAGCUCAUCAGCCGACUGCUUCUGCGCCUACUGCGGGGGGAAGAUGAGACCUUAUUUCACCGAGAACUCCGUGAUUUCUCAGGGGGAAAUGUAUCAGCUCAUCAGUGAAAGUUUCCUGACAGUUAAAGGAGCUGCUCUCUUCUUACCUCGAGGAAAUGGCUCCUCUUCUUCGUCUGCCUCUCGCUUCUCACAGCUGCGCAGCAAACAUGCAGGAGACAUCCAGCAGCAUCUACAAACCAUGUUCACUCUCCUCAGACCGGAGGACAACAUCAAACUGGCGGUUCGUUUGGAGAGCUCACACACUCAGAUCACUCGCUACAUGGUGGUGGUCUCCACCAAUGGUCGUCAAGACACGGAGGAGAGUGUGGUGCUGGGGAUGGAUUUCAGUCCUGUCGACAGCUCCUGUUCUGUAGGGAUGGUUUUGCCCUUAUGGAGCGACACUUUAAUACAUCUGGACGGAGAUGGGGGUUUCAGUGUGUCAACUGAUAACACAAUACAUGUAUUCAAGCCGGUUUCUGUGCAGGCCAUGUGGUCGGCCCUCCAGUCCCUCCAUAAAGCAUGCGAGGUGGCUCGUUGUCACAACUACUUCCCAGGCAGCUUGUUCCUCACCUGGGUCAGCUACUAUCAAAGCAGGGUCUACUCCGACCAGGCACGCAUUAACGAGUGGAACGCCAUGCAGGACGUGCAGUCGCACCGCGCAGAUUCGCCCGUGCUCUUCUCUGACGCAUCUACAGAAAGAGAGCUGACAGAGCGCCAGAUCAAAAGCAGUUUGAGGGAGAUCAUGAUGCAGAAAGACCUUGAGAAUGUCACCUGCAAAGAGAUCCGAACAGAGCUGGAAAUGCACAUGACAUGCAACCUGCGAGAGUUCAAGGAGUACAUCGACAAUGAGAUGAUUGUCAUUCUGGGCCAGAUGGACAGUCCUACGGAGAUCUUUGAUCACGUCUUCUUGGGAUCUGAAUGGAAUGCAUCCAAUAUGGAGGAGUUGCAGAAGAGCGGGGUUCAGUACAUCCUGAAUGUAACGAGGGAGAUUGAUAACUUCUUCCCCGGUGUGUUUGAGUACCACAACAUCCGCGUUUACGAUGAGGAAGCCACUGACUUGCUUGCUUAUUGGAAUGAAACCUACAAGUUUAUAUCUAGAGCCAAGAAAGCUGGAUCUAAAUGCCUGGUGCACUGUAAAAUGGGCAUAAGUCGCUCUGCAGCCACAGUGAUCGCGUAUGCCAUGAAGGAGCACGGCUGGGAUCUGAAGAAAGCCUUUGAUUACGUGAAGGAGCGUCGAGCUGUGACCAAACCGAACCCCUCUUUUAUGAGACAGCUGGAGGAGUAUCAGGGCAUACUGCUGGCCAGCAAGCAGAGGCACAACAAACUGUGGCGUUCUCACUCUGACAGUGACCUGUCUGAGCACCAUGAGCCACUGUCUAAAUCUCACGCUCAACCGCACAGCCUGGGUCACUCCGACCCCCACAACCAGGCCGGCAGUGUGUCUGGUCCCUCUGUGAAAGAACUGCUGGAUUCACUGGGAACUUCGACCAUCACUGGCAAAGCAACACACUCCACUAGCCAGCCUGAUACUGGCAUCCACUCCAAUCAGCUCAGCUCUUCAUCCUUUGAGGGGUUGGCAACUUUAUCAGGCGAUGCUGAAGCUCAAAGCCUUGAGGCUCCUUCUCCUUCUGCUGUGGUCCAAAUCAGCCAGUUGGACUCCCCUUGUCCUGAAUCCACAGCCGGCUCUGUGUCUCCGUUAUCUCCGCCGCUCUCCAACGGCUUCUGUGACUCUGAAGAGCAGCCCUCAUCACCUCCUCUCUCCCAGCCAAGGGCCGCCACUGUGGUGCCUGAGCCUCAAAAGACAGACAUGUUGACUGUUGCACAGACUGUUUUAGUUGGCCAGCCUCACUCGCCUCCAUCCUUCCACCACCUCCCCCUCUCUCCUGCUCCAUCCCCGCCUCCAGUCUGCAUGGAUGAGGUUAUCAAACUGCAGGCGUUGUCCUGCUCUCUGCCUGUGAUGAGACCGAUGCUAGUGUCGGUGCCUGAGUCCAUGACAACACCAAGCACACAACAAGCUGGACCCCAGUGUCUGUCUGCACCAGUGCCUGUUGAAAACACAGACUGUGACCAACAGAUGUGUGGAUUGUCUUUGGACUGUUUAGCAGCACAUCCUCCCUUCACUAGUGAUUUUAUCAGCUACCCCGGUGCCAUUCCACAAGACAGCGAGCUAUUGUUCGGCCACAGCGCAGAUCACAUUAACUUUUUCAGUGCCAGAGAAAAGUUCAAGGGAAUGAGUCAAGAUGGUAAAACUCAGUGUGCUGCAGUGCAGCAGUCGCCCCAGGUGAAGAGUUGUGGCAAGGAACAACAACCACUACCUCAAGAGGUUUCCACUAGUGAGGGGAAGGAGGAGGAGAAACGAAAGGGAAUGACCAUCCCUGUGCACACAGAGCCUCAGGGCCCCCAGGACCAGGAAGUGAGGAAGUCAACUCAGGAAAUAGAGGAUGGAGAUGUUUUAUCAGAGAACGAAGUGGAGAAUGUUAAAGAGGAAGUGGAAAACAAAGAAGAGGAGGAAGCGGCUCCUGCUCGUCUCUACAGCGAUUGGACGAGGGGGUCCGUGCGUCGCGUCACCCGACAGCUGGAGCAAAGAAUGAAACAGGAGCAUGAGACUCCGUCACCCUCCUCAUCUCCACCGUCCCUCUCCGGCAGCUCCUCCUGCUCUCAGCAGCGGCGACACAGCGUCCAUGCUGUGACAAUGUCGAAUCCACAGGAUGCAUCAGUUGGCUCUCAGGUGUCAGACGUUAACAGUGUGCAGGAAGAUAAGGAUGAUAAGUUUGGACCAGUUGAAAGGGAGAGUAGUGAUUUAGUUGAGAUGGGGGCACUAGCAAGUAAUGACGUAAGCACAAAAGCACACAAAGUCCAGCCUGCUGAUAAUAGAUUGCUCUCUACCUCUUCUUCUUUCCACCGCUCUGCCCAUUCUCCAUUUGCCUCUGUGAACUUCCUGUGUUUGGAGGGCGUGACAGAGUUUGAGUCAGUCACAGACUGGGACUGCUCCACAGAGGGACCUCAUAGUGACAUUAUCAUGAGGGAGACAUGGGAGACUUUGUGUGAGCUGGGUGCCUUCCUGCAGCAGGUGAGCAAGGACAGAGCCUGCAAGGCCCGGUGUGUGGACCACGUUUUUGGCCUCAGUGCUGGAACCACUCAGAAGCGAGGUAGCGGCAACCAGAAGAGGGUCAGAGAGGUGGAAGCAAGAAUUCGCCAGGCAGGACUGACUCCUCCAUCCCUGAUGAAGCGCUCAGCCUCUUUGGCCAAACUGGGCUGUCUGGAGCUGCUGGCCAAUGACCUGAGUGAGUGGGAGCUCAGCCGCUCCUCUGUGGCUCCGUCCUCAGCAGAACCUCUGAUCCACACAGCUAACGAUGAGUCCAAGAAGCAGCGGGUCCACAACUCUCCUUCCUCAGCCGGCCAGCAGCCAGAAGUCCUCGGGACUGGUGUGGAGAGGCUUUCUGAAGCUGGAGAAACCUCGCCACGAGUCUCUCCACCAUCCAGUCCGCCGAGAGGAGAACUCGUCAACUCUGACCAAGAUUUUCUACACUUGCCUGGGCUGACACUUAUGGCAACAAGGCAGCAGUAUGGAAGGACUCACCCCCUGAGUCAACUUAAGAAAAGAACUACUAGUACCCUUUACAACACCAUGUAACUGUAACUGUGUGUGUGUGUGUGUGUGUGUGUGUGUGUGUGUGUGUGUGUGUGUGUGUGUGUGUGUGUGUGUGUGUGUGUGUGUGUGUGUGUGUGUGUGUGUGUGUGUGUGUGUGUGUGUGAGUGAGAGAGAGAGAGAGACACACACAGUGAGCGAGAGGGAUUGUGCACACUUAUGAGACAUGGAAAUCAUGUGCAUAAUGUUGGACUUAUUCAGCAAAACAAACCAAUGCCUCUUGCCUUAAAGGAGAUGUUGAGAAGUUUCUGUACAUUUUUACCCUGCAGAUCCAAGGGACUCUGUGAAAUCCGAGAUGCUUCUCUCAGUGACAAGGCUAUGAAGGGUCCGGUCAAUUGAAAUUAAAACAUUAAAUGAAAUUGGAAGAAGCGCUGUGGCAGUGUAAACACUUUUAGAAGAAGCAGCAAAAACUAUCAUCAAAAUUAAGAACUUGUUUCAAAUGUUAAUAUGCCUGAGCCUGCACAUCUUCACUCUUCACAUCAUUGCUGGUUCCUCCAUCUUGAACUUGAUAUUUACUUGAUUGCUGUUGGUUUAUUGAAUAGUCCGACCUGAUGUUAGGUGGAAUGUAGCCCGUUUUCCUCUCUCCUCGUACUUUAAUGUCUCUUCAUCAAUAAUCAAGUAAUACCAAUCAAAGUCAAUUAUGCUGUCUGGAGACUGCUUUUUAAACAUGUGUUGUGCCAUCAGCAGCGCAUCUAAACAUACAAAGAGCUCAGGUCGCCCCGCAGACGCAACAGAUUAGUGUUCUCCCCCCUAAAGAAAGAUAACCGGACCAUCAACCGGAAAAAGACUGCAUGGUUGUGCAGACGUUUUAUUGAAUCAAAAUGCAAAGAGGAAGAGGCUUGCUGUUUUUUUUAAUGUUUGUUUUGACUACACAAUACCUCAGUCGGUCUGAACCAAAUCUGACCUGCAUAAACGUCAGACUCUGGAUUCCUGGAAUGUUUCCGUCUGUCAGAAACAAUUUCCACUUCAGUACUCGAACUGACGUAAACUCGUCUCUCAUGUCCUCUCACAGUUCUGAUGCCACUCAAACUAGACAUUUUCUGUAUGUAUUACUGUGUGGGAGAAAGGUUCGGGGAUGGGGAGUUGAAGGCAGAGUGUAUAUUUGUGAGUUGUCUGCUAUGUUCUCUUUGGGAUGUAAAGGUCUGUAUUGUGAGUGUUGACAUUUUUGGAACUGUACAUGUUUUUUUAUAACUGGUUUGUGACUGUGUGUGAGUGCGACUGUGUAGCACAACUUUACUAUCUGGGUGUGUACUUGUUUCGUUUUUUUGGUUUUCAUUCACGGUUCUCUCUUUUGUACACAUUUUAGGAGUGUGCCUGUGACUGGCAAGUGAAGCUUCUCUGCAGUCUAUCAGAAAUGUCUGUACAGGGAGGUCUGUCAUACAUGCACUUUACUCCCUUUUUCAUUUUAAUGUGGCUUUUUUUUGUCAAUGUGUGGUUGCUACUUUUGGGGAGCAUGCUUAGGUAGUAGCAGCUGUUGGGUAUGCCUGUCUAUUGUCAAAAACUGAUUUUAUUUGUUUUGUUUUUAUUUGAAACUAUCAGUGUAAAUAUUCUUUUUUUUUUUUUUAUCAUGUGCUUCAACUGUGACCAUUAAACAAUGGAAAGUA